CCGGCAUACCUGAACGGGCGAGCUGCGGUCACACGCAGGCCCGGAGCAUCGCGAUGUCCUCGAACUGGAACUGAACUCGGAGCUCCGCCCACAUCAAUGUCCUCGAAGCAGUCCUCCGCCGCGGUGGCCGAGGCCGUGGCCAGCUGCAAACUAAAGAAGCAGCAGCGCCGUCGCUUGGCGGCCUUCGACUUCGAUCACACGAUCGUUUCCCAGAACACGGACACCGUGGUGCGCGACCUUCUGCCCUCGGAGGUGACCAGUGCCCGUGCCAACGAGCUCGUGGAGAACGACUGCUGGACGGAGUACAUGGCCGAGGUGUUUCGCCUGCUGCACGAGCAACAGGUGCCGGAGGCGCGCAUCCGAGACACCAUUCGCGGCAUCCCCGAGGUGCCCGGGUUCGUGCGGCUCAUCAAGCACCUGGCCAAACGGCUGCACUACGACCUGAUCAUUAUCAGCGACUCGAACAGCGUUUUCAUCGAGGAGUGGCUGCGGGCGCACAGCCUGGCCGAUUGCUUCGUGGCCGUCUUUACCAAUCCGGCGGAGUUUGACGCCUCCGGACGGCUGCUCGUCCGCGCCCAUCACCAGCAGUCGGACUGCAAACUUAGCGCCAGCAAUCUGUGCAAAGGCCGCGUCCUCGAGCACUUUGUCAUCGAGCAGGACCUGCGGCGCAGCAUCCGCUACGACCACGUCUUCUACGUGGGCGACGGCAACAACGACAUCUGCCCAGUGCUCCGCCAACGGGCCUGCGACUUCGCCUGCGCCCGCAAGGGAUUCGCAAUGGAGAAGCACCUGCUGCGCAACCGCAGCAAGUUGAAGCUGCGCGCUCAGCUGCUGAUCUGGAAGAGCGGCUUCGACCUGAUGGACCAGAUGCUGGCCCUGCCGCAGCUGCAGACCCCGCAGGGCCCGAGUGAUCGGGAUGCGGAUGGGGAUCCGGACCCCAAAAAUGAGGCUCCGGAGGUAACCCGGCGUGCCUCGGCUGUCGCCGGACCGGCCAAGUCGCCGAAUUAAGGAGGCAUGUAUUCGCAUUUAAGGCCUAGCCGAGUAGGUAGUGUAGAACCGUACGAACCGCAUAGAUUAUCUCAUCUCUCACUUUUGACAAACAAUAUUAGUCGGGUAUUCUUCAGAACAAGAAGAACCCAUGUGAACUGCGCCAAUAUAGUUUGUAGUUUUAAUCGCCCAAAGACGUAAUUCAACUCUUAAACGAAUUAGGAACGUGGAUUCUUUAGGGCAAGGGGAUUUAACAAGAUCGAUUGGAUCUAACAAGAUCGUUUGGAUCUAACUUGGAAAAUCAAGAUUUGUAAGAGCGCAUAACAAAUCUAAAUCAUCAUUUUAAAUAUACGGUUCUACGAUGUCGACUACCACUCGUGUAGGCCUUGAAUCCGCAUAAAAACCCAUCAUCAUUUUUCCACCAUGUGGUCUGUUUUUUGUUUAACGCUCUCCCUUCUUUUAUUGCACCGAAUAAGCUAAGUAUGCUAAGUGGACCUAUGUGCAGGACUUUAACCUGCAAAACAUGUGUCUAAAACAGUACAAUUUCAGAGCCUGUGAAGAAGGUAUCAGUUCAAGGGGUCAAUUUUGGGCUGCGGCUGUUAAUGUUUAUUCCAUGUGUGUAUAUUGUAACUUGUUGUAAUUGAAAUUAUCGCAAGUUGUAUAUGAGUGUCCAUAUUAUAUGCAUUUGAAUGUGUGUUUUGCCGUUACUGCA